AUGUCGUCCGCUCCGCCCCGACGCUUCAAGGUGGAGCCCAUUGAGACUACCACCAUGUCUUCCAAGGAUCGAAAGUCUUCACCGGAUGCUGCAGAUAAACCAACAAGACCUCCCCGUAAAUUUGCACCACAGCCCGUGGAGACUUCAACCAGGACAGUCCGCAAAUUUGCACCAGAACCUAUCGAGACCACCAAGCGGGCAGUCCGGAAGUUUGCUCCCCAACCCAUAGAGACGACUACUCGGAGUUCUCGAGCGAAGCCUACUUCGCCAUUGAAAAGCCCUGGAGCCUCGAGGGACAAAUUCGCCCAUGAUUGGGAAGCCGAGACGGCUGUAAAGAAAGAAAAACGUUCACCCCGCAAGUUCACUCCUCAAUUGAUCGAGACAGCGCAGCGAUCUCGAAGAACAGGCGAUAAAGGGCCUGUGAUCCCCCCUUCACAUAAGACGGAAAUUAUCGGUGACGCUGGGGACGGAGCCUUCAAAAGGAACCGGCGAGCAUCACCGCCGAACGCCACACCGAUAAGCAUACAUCAAAACCCCCUCUUCCUUGAAAUCCAACGAGCCACAUCACCGAACAUGAUGCGUCGACCAAGCUCGUUCUCGAGCAUGCGUUCACAACAUUCGUUCAGAGUGCCGGAUCUGGAACCAAUCGAGUCCUCCGAGUCAGAGGAGUCGACGCCGCCUUCCCCAGCAACAUCCCCAUCAAAUUCCGACCAUUCGUACAUGUACACCGAAGCCACCCGCAUGCGAGAGAGUGUGGAUGAGCGAUUCUCGGGCUACCUCCUUGAACUGGCCGCAAAGGCCGCAGAGGCUCAACUCCAAGAACAAGCAAUGGCUGCUUUCGCAAACAACGAUCAUCAUGAACCUGUCGAUCACUUCAUCGAUCACGAAUCUGAGGGUUCGGGCUCGUCGAUGGAUAAGUACGCCACAGAGGCUGUAAGGAGGCGAGAUUCAUCAUGGUCCGAAGUCAACUAUGACAUGUUAGCCAUGAGAAAGCAUCGAGAAGAGCAGCAACAAAAAGAGCAAGAGUCGCCUAAGGGUGUCAUAGAUGAUGGUAGACCUGAUCCCACCAAGUACAAUCCUUUCGGCAGAAACGUUGCGGCUCCCGAAACCAAGGAUGCGGAGAUGGAUGGGAUGCGCAAGAGCGCACGACCUCCUAUGCUCGGUAGCGACAUUCGCUUUCCACGAUGCGAGUCACCAGAGCCAUCACGAUUCGACCCCACCCAAGGCUGCGACGCUGUCAAGAUAACAAUGUGCUAUCUUGCCGAGCAAAGUCAACAAGCCGAGAAAGGGGAAGGACUAUGGUGUGGUGGAAGUAACAAAUCAAAUGAAAGCGCCACCCCAUCACUGUACUCCAACAACCCCAGUCGCCAACCGAGUCGGAGCAGCAACAAUGGCCACGGCAGUAACCCAGGGGGGUUGUGGGGUGGAUGCUGUGUGAACUCUGGAAACACGCCUCCACGAGGGCCUACUGGCAUCCUCACACCCGCCGUUGAGAUCAGCAACCCGUUCUCGCCGUGCCCUACUCCCCAAAUGAGUUUACUCCCCCCGACCCCACCAGCCUCCCAGACCGACUUCGCCUGCAUCGACGACAAACUUGCAACGGAAGCCGCCAUCGACGAAGACUUUGGCGAUAACUUCGUGACGCAAGUCUACAACUACCUGUCCCUGGGCUACCCCUCCAUCGCCCGCAUGUUCGACGAGGAGCUAUCAAAGAUUUCGCACAUCCCCGUGUCAGAGCUCCGGCAAGACGACCACCUCGCAACCUCCCGCGGAUACAUCCGCCUCGGCGAGGACGGAAACCUCACCGAUUCCGACAUCACAGAGGAGACGUGUUCGCGCUGGCGAGCCCUGCGCGUCUACGUCCGGGAAUGGGCGAGGCAGCAUCCGAAGAUGGCGAGCGACCAGCUUCUCGGCGGAAUGGGCACCGCGGUCCGAAAGGGAAGUUGGGCUGUAUGA